AUGGUAGAUUUUAACAAACGAUCUUUUUGGAAUUUUACAUUUAAAGACAUAUUAGCUAUUAUAAGUUCAGUCGCGAUACCCAUAGCCCUGGCUAUUUAUACUUCAAUCGGUUCUGCACAACAAAAACAACAAGCUGAGAAAAAACAGCAGUUUGAUUUUGCACAAUCAAAAGAAUUAAGACAACAAACACUUUAUGAUGGAUUUUUAAAUAAUAUCUAUAAAUUAGAUAAAGAUGGUUAUCUCAAUGACACAAAAAACCCAUGGGCAUUUGCAAAUGCAUAUUAUCGUGCUGCACAUCGUCAAUGGGAUACAAUACGUAAAGCAGAUGUUAUACAAUUUCUGAAAGAAAAACAAUUAAUUGGCAGGUCCGUAGCCAGGGGGGAUGCAUGGGAUGCUCGUGCACCCCCUUUGGUGGAAAAAACCUUGAAAGGAAGUACGGACGCGAAUUUUAUUUACGAAGCAAAACAUUAUUCUCCUACUAGUGUGCAUCCCCUUAACAAGUCGGGCACUCCCCUUGGAAAACUUCUUACUAUGGGCCUGUUAAUUGGUACAAAUAAUUGUACUAAUGGAUGUAAAACGACAAAAUUAGAUGAUAUAAUUCGUUUAAAUGAGUUAAACUUUGAUAAUGUACGUCUUGCAAGUGAAACUGGUGCAUUGAAUAAGCUGAAUUUACAAUGUGUUUCUUUUGAUCAAGUAUCAAUGUCAAAUGCGGAGUUUACAUCUGUUAAUUUAAAUGGUGCAUCAUUUGAUGGAGCACGGUUAGAUAAGGCGAAAUUUUUUGAUUCAUCUUUACUUUGUGCUAGUUUUAUUGGUGCAAAUCUGACAGGUGCAUACUUUUCAAAUAGUGAUCUGUCGGGAGUUCAAAUGACGGAAGAUCAAAUAAAACAGGCAUAUUUCUAUAAUGUAACUAUGCCAAACGGAAAGCAGAGUGACGCUACAUCCGCAACGACAACAAAAAAACCUGUGACACAAACGACAACAAUAAUAAAAACAGAAAUGUCAAUAACAUUAUCAUCAUCAUCAACAUCAACAACAUCUACAAUAACAACAUCCACUACACCAUCAACAACAAUUUCAACAUCAUCUACAACAACUUCAGCAUCAACGACAACAACUUCAACAACAAGUACGACUACUACUAGUACCACAACAACAACAAGUACGACUACUACUACCACAACAACAACAACAACAACAAGUACGACUACUACUACCACAACAACAACAACAACAACAAGUACGACUACUACUACCACAACAACAACAACAACAAGUACGACUACUACUACCACAACAACAACAGCAAUAUCGACCUCAGCUCCUUUGUGCAGUGUUGUUUGUUGUGCUGGUAGCACUGGUUGUAUUGCUUGUCUUGAUAGUAGUAAUGCUCUAGUUUAUUGUUCUCCCUAUAACGGUGGUUAUUAUUCUGGUUCUUCCUGUACUUCUGAUGAUGAUGGUUCCGGUGACGAUGGUUCUGGUGAUGAUGGUUCUGGUAGUGAUUAUUAUGCUUGUUUUGGUUAA